UUUUUUAAUUUCAAGUUAGCAUUAAAUUUGUCAUGAAUGUACUCGUAUAUGAAAAUGAUGGUCAUGGCUUCCACUAUUCAAAGCACUCCAACGAAAGGAUAUGUUGAUUUUUGCUUUCACUGAAAUGGAAGACGAUGGACGCAGGAGCAGCAAAAAGUCGAGUUUGUUCAAGUGGGUAACAGGUCGUAGUAGUCGUCCCUCACCUCCUGGCCCUGGACGUCGUCGUUCAGGACAUUCAAGUUCAAGAGAAUUAUAUCCUCCCACGGAAAGGCGACCUCUGCGAUCUGUGCCCCUCGUGGGUCCACAUUAUCGAGUCGAACCAGAGAUAUUAGUUACCGAAUUCGUGGAAAAAGAAGUUAAAUACUUAGGAACCAUCUCAGACCUGGAUUGUAAUUUUGAUGCCACGGAUCGAGCUUCAUUACUAAAGAUUGUUGAUGAACAGCAGGCUCUGGAUUUGAUGCCGUGUAUUCCAUCAUAUGAAAAUGAUAUUAUCGUCAGUUUUUCAGUCCAUAAUAUCAAGCUUCUACGGAGGGAUGGAGAGAAAAUGAUUCACAGGAUACAAACUCACAAGAUAGCAGCUGUCGGUUACGUGAGAGACGACAACCAACAUUUAGUGUUUAUUAAAUUGGUCACGUCGGAAUUGAAUCCCAAAAUGUGCAAUUUAUCAAUUCUCUGCUGUGAUACUAAGACAGCGGCAGAAGAAGUGUGCUCUCUGGCACAGCAAGUGUUUCAGUUAGUUUACACUGAUUCAACAAUAGAUUUUCUCGACAAGUCCAUAAUGGAUGGUGCUAUAACUCCCAAAAAUCAUUCUUACAGCACUGAUGAUUCAGAUAAAAAAGACACUGUUACUGUAAGCUCCAGGGACUAUGCUCAAUACUCCUUAAAUAAGAGUGCAGACUCACUCAUACUAUCAACUACCUCGAAAAGUACUAAUGGUUACACAGGAACUCAACCCACAGCCUUCAAACGGAUGAGUGCAGGACAAAUCAUUGAAGGCAAAGGAUCCAGUUCCACCCUGCCUCAACCGAUUCGCCAUUCUCGAUAUCAUCGUAGGUCUGGUAGCAGUGGAUCAUCGAGCAACAACAAUAUACCACCUAUCACACAUGCUAGCACUCUCACACUCACUAGCCCUGUCACUUCAACACAGACUUUUCCUGUACACAACGCCCUGCAACUUCAUGAUUAUAUUACGGUGCUAAAAGAGCAACUGACAAAUAUUGAACUCAAGGAAUUCGCCAAGUUAUUAAAUCAAUUUCGUACUGGCGGAAUUUUAAUUCAAGAUUUUUCUAAUCAACUUUUACAAAUGUACACAGAGGAAAGAAAACAUCUUCUUUUAGGUAUGAGACAUUUUAUUCCGAAUGCUAGUGAUUUGACAUUUUUUAACAAAUUUUUGAAAGACAAUAACGUUGAGGAUAUUUCCGCUGAUUCUGCAACAGAAAGCUGGUGGGCACAGGCACCCCGCGUUACUCCUCGAACAUUAUCAGAAACGGAGGAAAGUACUGCUUCAACGUCUGUGACUACAGGAAAUGUAACAGCUGUUUCUGUUUCAUCCAGUGGAUCAGAACGAGCAUCAACAUCCAUAGUUUCUAACGACGAUAGUGGUGAAUGGAAAGAUGUUCUAGGUAAUAUUGAGAAAUUUGGAAUAUAUCCAAGUACAGAUUCAUCUGGCGGUGGAGAAUUGAAUGCAAGUUUCAAGACAGUUAAUGGGACGCCGGCGACUUCUGGGACUGGCAUUUUAGAACUUGACCCGCCUUCUUGUGCGGAAGAAACUAUCAUCAAAUCAUAUGUAGCUCCGGUAGCUGCACCUGUGCCAGAGGAAUUCCAGGAUGCUAAGGAAGAAAACGUUGCAUCAGCUGAUACGAAGUCACUAAAAUUAUCACCUAAAAAAAUGCAACAUACUACUUCUCAAUCAUUAGGAACAGAAUUUUCACGUACUCCCCAAAAAGUUGAUCGUAAAUCGACAGAAACACGAAAGUCAUUAUCGGACACAUCAACUUUACAAACAAUGCCUUUAACUAAUACAAACUUAAGGACUUUUACCAAAUCGAAAGAGAAAAAUUCACCUGUCGCAGGGCAGGGUGGCAACGAACCUGGUGCUACUGUCCCAAUUUCUCCUAAAAAGGCUCAACCAAGCAAGCCACAAAAAGAGCACAGAAAAAAGAAAAAACACAAAAAAGAUGAGGUAGUGGCGAUGUUAUAAAGACUUCAGGCAGUCAUGUUUCACAUAGGAAUGCGUUACCUAAUUAGGGUGGGUAUGGGACAUUUUCUUUCAUUUUCAAUUCCAGUAAAAGAACUGAUUAAGCACACUUUGACAAUAGACAGCAAUCAUUUUUGGAUAUCUGCGUCCGAAUAGUUCAAUAUUAUGGAAUUUAUAUUUUCACUGUAUAUUAGGUUGUAGUCCAAUUUUUACUUUACAAAAAUUAUGAUAUCACUUGAAAUUUUAAGUUUCACAAAAUCAUUGAUUAAAAAUUUGAAUGAGUGAUGAAUUUCUAAUUUCUGAUUGAACAAUAAUCUUUAGACAUUUCAGUAGCUAUAACAUAUAUUUAUCUUAGCUCAGAACCCAAAUUGUUACUGUUUAGUUCUUUGGGCACAAUUACCAAUAUUUUAAAAUGCAAUUAUCAAAGGUCGCAUAUUCCUGCUGAAAGUCAUUUAACAUCGAAACUGUCUUGCGACGAAUAUAUUAUUUUCAAUUUUUUUUUCUGAUUUUUCAUCAAAUUUAAUCACUUCACAAUGUUACUAAAAUUUACUUCAAUAUUGUACUGAUUUGCUUUUUUUUUCAUUUAUUUGAAAUGAAAUGUUUUUA